AUGUUAUCUCGUCUAGCUCUUGUAGCGCUAUCUAUCCUUGUUGUGAAUGCCGACGCUAGUGAAAUAGAAAAGAGAAACUCUGCGUCAGGAGUAAGGUGCCUUACUCGCGAUGUUCUGAAAGAAGUGAUUCUCGAGGUUUUCGUAGCAAAAUAUGGCCCUUAUUUUGAAUGGUAUUAUAAGAUGGCGGACGAAGCUGAGCGAAUGAUAGAUAGAGGUGUUGAAUCGCCAUAUACUGGCGUGUUUUAUACGAAGUCAUUUGACAACAAAGAGCAAAGGAAAAUGGAGGACAAAGUACGUCGGACGCUGGAAAAAUACCCACUAUUAAAACAACCAUAUACACGUGUGAGCUUUGGAUGCUAUUGCGAGCACUGGCUUGGGAGAAGUGAUGACUUUCUGAAGGUUUUGUGCCUCUUUCCCGCAUGGUUGGAACAACUAAUCCAAUUUCCCACCGACUCAAUAGAUUUUGUUGGUUUUUCUGUCAUUUCCUUUUCUGCUGUUGUUUUCUGA